AUGGGGGCACUGCUGUCGCUGGGGGGGGGCGACGCCGGCGAGGACGAGCCCGGCGUGCUGAAGAACCUGCGGCUGCGCGACGACGCCAUCACGGAGGGCAAGGCGCGGAUCUCCAAGGCGCCCGCCAACGCCGUCAAGGCCGCCCCCACGGACUGGGCGUUUAUCGAGAAUGCACUCAGCAAGCUGCUCCUGUUCAACCACCUGGAGCAGUCAGUGCAGACCAAAAUUGUGGCAGAGAUGUACGAAUGGGAGGUGCCUGCUGGGGAGAUCCUCAUCAAGGAAGGCGACACUGGCCUCGGCGCCAGUGAGCUGUACGUUGUGAAAAGUGGCAAAUUUGAGGUACGUGAGAACCGGCAGGGAGUCAGCAUGCGUGUCAACCUGAAGGAACGCGGGGACUGUUUUGGGGAGCUGUCCCUUAUGUAUAAUUGUCCAAGGUCCGCCACAGUUGCUGCAACGACCGAUGCCACAGUGUGGAUUCUUGACAGAGACGUGUUCAGGUUCUUUGUCCGUGAGGGCAAGAAGAAUGAGACCACCCAGAUCGAGUUGUUCCUCAACAGUGUUCCCCUGCUGUCGUCACUGAAUCGAGAGGAGAAGCUGCGGCUGGCCGACGCCCUCUCCAGGCAGACCUUCGGAGCUGGGGCGACAGUCAUCAAGCAGGGCGCCCCAGGGGACUUCUUCUACAUCAUCAAGGAAGGGGAGGCCGUGGUGUAUCAGAACAGCCAGAAGGGGUUGAGCAAGGUGAACCACUUAUUUAAGGCGGACUUCUUUGGAGAAAGGGCCCUCCUGUGCGACGAGCCAAGAGCGGCAAGCGUUGAAGCUAUCACGGAGUUGACGUGCCUCGCUCUGAACCGUGAGACAUUUGUAGACAUCCUGGGCCCCCUGGAGGACCUCAUGAGGCGAGAGAAGUCCCCAGAGGUGAUCACCACAAGGAUGACACAGUUGGAGACAAAGGCACCCUCCCACGUCCCAGCUGAGGUGAAUGUCAGGCGGCAGAAGCGGUCAAGAAAUGGCACUGAGACAUGGGAGAUGGUGCGUGCAAAGGGCCACCUGGAUGAAGUCAAAGAGCUGAGGAAAGGAGGAGUGAAGCUGGGAGAUGAUGAACAGGACGGAACAGGGGUGCUGUUGCUAACAGAAGGCCAUGUGCUGGGGGGUGGUGCAUUCAGCAGGGUGUCUGUUGUCACAGAGGAGACGACGGGUCGGACGUAUGCCAUGAAGCGCAUGCGCAAGUCGGGCGUUGUGCAGUGCCCAGAGCACGUGUUCUGCGAGCAGGCCAUCACCCGGAACGUGGCCCACCCCUUUUGCAUCCGCCAGUAUGCUUCCUUCCAGGACAAGUACCACCUAUACUUCCUCUUCGACCAGAUGUCAGGUGGCGACCUGAUGGAUGUGCUGGUAGCAGAGGCCAAGGUCAUCAAGCGGCGCACGGCGCAGGGUACCUGGCGUCGCGGCUGCCUGGCACCCAAGGUGAAGAUGUUGCAGGGCAUGCAGGAAAACCUGGGGCGUUUCUACAUCGGCAGUGUGGUGCUGGCUCUGGAGUACCUGCAUGCCCAGAACAUUGUCUACCGGGACCUGAAGCCAGAGAAUGUCUUCCUGGAUGACAAGGGCUACGUCAAGCUUGGAGACUUUGGCUUUGCCAAGGUCCUGGACAACGGAAACCGAACGUACACAUUCUGUGGUACGCCUGGCUAUGUGGCCCCAGAGAAUGUGCUGGCCCAUGGGUACAACUACAGCGUGGACUGGUGGGGACUUGGCGUCCUGAUGUAUGUCCUGCUGACCGGGCGGCAACCCUUCAGCAGUCCCAAGACAGAUGACCCCAUGGUGGUCAUGAGGCGAAUAGUGGACGACAACUGGCAUAUCAAGUAUCCGCCCUACCUGUCUGCCAAUGCCAAGGACCUGAUACAGAGACUCCUGGAGCGCAAACCAGCUCGCCGCUUGGGCAUGUUGAACGGCCGUGCGAACGACAUAAAGAAGCACCGCUUUUUUGAGGGCUUUGACUGGGAGUCUCUGGAGGCGCGGCGGAUGGACCCUGCCAGAAAACCGAAGGACGAUUCCAUGAAGCGCCUGAAGGAGCUCGCGGAGAGCGAGAAGCGGCAGCACCAGCGGCACAAGGAGACCCCUGAGGAGAUGCGGGAGUGUGAUAUGGUGUUUGCAGAAUUCUAG